AUGUGCUUUCAUCCUUGGGCAUCUCCUCCCCACUCCCCAUAUCUGAAUGGAUGCCAGUCUAGCUACUGCUGUCGUUUCUCUUAUCUAUUGCUUCUACUAUUCUCUAGAGAAACAAAUAAGCAAAACACACCUCCUCCUGAGACCAUUCAGCUUUGGCACUCUGCUAGCUCUCCUACCCCUGCUGUUUCAAGAUCUUCCCUGAUGCCUGUGUCUGUUUCAUUUCUCUUCAAGUCGGCCUUGACGUCUCACAACAUAAGCUCCUUCUGCCAGUUCCUGGGCGUCUGUGUAUUCCUCCUUAUUUCCUUCCCACUGUUCUACAGUAACUACCAUUGUGUACAUCACUCCUACCCACUCUGUGCCCCACUGUCCUUUCUGCACCAGCCACUGUCAUGA